AUGGUGCACUGUCAUCGUUCGACUCCCGCCAGGGAUGUCGAUAAUACCUAUGCAAGGUCGAAAAUGCAGUCCACGCUGGAUGAUAACAACGUUUGGAAACUUAGUUUUGCUUCAGUUUUUAACAACCUACAAGAUUGCUUUAGCUCCACUCGGAUCUGCUGGCCAAAAUUCUCGCAUCGACUGAGGCUCGGUCACCAGCGUCUGUUCUGUCCAGAACAGCACCAGACCUUGCCAAAGUUACCGAUAAAGCAGAGUAAAAAUGUCCACCUAAAGCCGAUCUCUGAGGCGAUAGACAAUAUUCCCAUAUUGCUUACUUUUUUAUUGGGCUUGCCAUGUGGUUCGAAGGACUUGGUAAAGGUGCACAUUGUCAAGGGUCGAAACUCAAGGAAAGACCUCAAGGAUGGCAUGGAGAUGGAAAGUUUGCUUGACGGACAAAAGCUCCGCGUUUCCCGGUACCCGCACGGACUCAGGAGACCAAUAAUGGUAACAAACAAGCGACCUGAACAGUGCCAUGUUUUCGGCAAUGUCGAUUUGAAAAAGCCUCUGCCCUCGGAGUAA